GCGAAGGCAGCAGCACGGGGCCGGGAGCGCUCGGCCACCCCCGCCGCCCGCAUACCGGCUGCCGGCGGAUCCCCUGUCUCGGGCGGCUGCGACUCAUUUGAAAGCACUUAGACUGAAUUACUUUUGGCUGGAGGUAAACCAGAAGAUACACUGCAAGAGCAUACCUACUGCAGUCUCAUUGCCACGCAGUGUUCAGCUCAUGGAACCAAAUUAGAGCUACCCCAAAGUAAAAUUCUCAACAAGUGCAUGUUGGGUCCUCAGCACCGUUUUGUUCUUCAGAUUUGCUCCUAUUGCUCUGCAUUCCGUGCUAAUACUUGAUAUUUGCAAGCUCCCUGCCUUGACGGUAGUCAUCAUGGAUAGUGUGUUCUUAACAGAGGACAAAGCCAAUUCCGUGUUAAAAAGAUACCCGAGAGCCAACACAUUUUUGGAAGAAUUAAAGCAAGGUGACAUAGAACAUGAAUGCAGAGAAGAAAUCUGUAGCUAUGAAGAAGCAAGAGAAGCAUUUGAAAAUGAGGAAAAAACGAAGGAGUUCUGGAAAGUCUACAAAAAUGGACUUCAGGGAGAAAGUAACACAGGACAUACCUGGUAUUCAUUUUACCUUGCAUUUCCAUUAAUCAUUGGCCUUUUUGUUAUCCUCAUUGUCAUUUUUGUCAUAUGGAGAUGCCUGUUUAAAAAGAAAAUGCGUAGACAGUCGGUGUACGUGCAUAGGGGAGCCCACGAAGCAAUGGGUGAUGGUGCUGUGGCUGAUGGCAGAGGUCCACUUCCGCCGCCUCUCAGCAUUGUUCAUUCCCCACAGGAGGAAAUGUAUGAAGUCAGUGGGCUCUCUCCAGGAGGUCUGAGCUAUACAGAUGGACGGUCAGACUCAAUAUCCACAAGGCUCUCAAACUGUGAUCCUCCUCCCUCAUAUGAGGAAGCCACUGGUGAAACCAGUAUGGGAAGAAGUGAAACUGAACAACAUUUAGACCCACCGCCACAAUACGAAGACAUUGUGAAUUCCAGUUCAGCCAGUGCAAUUGCACUAUCUCCAGUUGUCACUAGUACUAAGUAAAGCAAGAAGGCGGCUAUGGACUUUUUAAAAAUUACUAAUCAUUUUGUAGCACUUUAUCUUGGCUUAUUAUGCAUUUCUGUAAUUUAAUGGACUUGUAAAAUGAACUCUUCACUUUUUUUUUUAGAUUUACUUGUACUUUGGGUUUGGGAUUUUUUCCACUACAGCAGGUUUUAAAAGAUAAGGAAUCUGUAUUGAGAGUGUAGUGCAGGUACAAAUGUGGUGCUCUGUCAUACUUCUCAAAAGCACCUCUGCUUUGAGGGAUGUCACUUGUUUUAUUCAGGACAUUGUCCACAUUCCCCACAAGAUUUGUGGAAUCCCCUUCUCCUUUCUUACUGCAGACUGUCAGAAUUGCCUGAAAUAGGGAAUCCUUGAGCGACAUUUUAGAUAGUUAUUUACACUAAAGGGGACCGAUUUUGCAGUAUUGCCUCUUGUCUGGUUGGUUCCUUUUUCUCACUUAGAUUUUUGUUACAUGCUGCACCCUGUCCUGGGCCCUUGUAAGGCCGAGAGCAGUAUGCCUUUGUGUUCAAACCAGUAUCUCAUUAAGAGUAUGAUGGUGUAAUAGCAAUAAUUUCAGAGUCCUAGCAGAAGUGGUGUAUUCUAAAGCUUUUGCUAUUACAGCUCAAAAUUCUGUAAAUGUUUGGAAGCAAACAAUUCAAGAUACUAUUUGGUGAAUUCAAUAGGGUACUAUUUUUCUGUCUGUGUUCUGCCUUUCCACUCUGUUUUCUUAUCUGUUUUUACUUGUGUAUUCUAGAGGUGAGAAGAGUGCAUAUGUCAACUUUAGAACUUGAAAGUUCAAGCAAUGGUAAAUAAUGAAAUACUGAAAUACUCAAGCGUAGAUAAAAUCCUGGUUAUAGUCUUCCUACCAUAGUCCUCACUGGGGACCAGGAUAUUAUCCAUAAACACAUAAACCCAAAGGUAUUACUUUCCUUUUUACAGGUGAAUAAAAAGGGAAAGUGUUUGGUGUGACCCCCACCCCCCAACUAUGAAAUAAGAAGCCCUUCCUCAAAUCCUGAUAUUCUUUUGCCUCUUGCGUACUUACAUGUACCAUGUGUGCAUCUUGUAUUGGUGUCUAUGGAAAUCCUUAGCAGAGAAUAUAGAUACCUUUUUUUAACAACCAAUACAUUUAUCGCUUAUCUAUUCCAACAGCGGUGCUUCUGUUGCAAAAAUUAACAAUAUGUGAUAAUGAAAUAAAACUACUUAAUGGUGUUCAUUGUUUCUAAGAACAGCGUAGUGCUUUUAUCCGUGACACAAAUUCUUAAAGCGCACUCCGUUCUCAGUGUACACAAGCAUUUUUUACACAGCUCUUAGGUUACAGUUGCCCAUCAGAGAAAGAGGUGCUGGGAAGCACGUUAGUCCAGGCUGGCUCCAGAAGUUGUGUGGCCAGCUUGGCUCUGCUGUCUCCAAUUGUGAGCUGCAGAGCCCACCUGGGGAUGUAGAGCAAAACCAUGAGGACCCACUGUGUUAUAUCUCUAAGAGCACAAGGCAGGCGUACCCCCAAGCAUUAGUCUGAGUGACUUUUUGAGGCUGAAGAGAUGUGGCUUUCUGUCAGACUUGAUGCAAGUUAGAAUAGAGCCGUGUACAGAAUUUCAACCAACUGGUUUAGAUGCCAGUGAUAGUUAAGACGGUGCAAGCUGUAGCGUGGUGAUUCUUUUCCCGCAGCUUGAUUUAAAAGUUCAUUGUUCAGUUUAGCUUGUGAAUUUCAUUCCAGUUUUCUUUCUUCCCACACCAAGGUAGCAUGGCAUUAGCUUUAGUAUUUUCUGUGUUCUACUAAUCCAUUAGCGCUGAUUGAAAUGUAUUUAGCCCUGAACGACUACUGUGUUAUGUUGACUUUCUUAUUACAGAAACCCAAACUGCAUCUUGUUCCAAAGACCCCACAUGAAAUGCCAGUGCCAUCCAUUUGAAAUCGCUCUUAGUGUCUGAGAUGUGUGCUGGUGUCUACUGUGGGCUUGGCCUGCUGUCAUGGGGGCUUGGCUGGUCUUUUCCCAAAGGACUUUUACAGAAAGCAUGUAUGAGAAAUGUAUGGUCAUCUCUGCACACUUCCAUAAGAAUUUGAUAUCAUGUAUUGAAAAAUGAAGUAAGGAUUAUACGAUUAAUUUUAGGUUCUCAUUUUUGGCAAAGAAUAGGUUGCCUAAGUUGUCUACUGGGGAUCUCCGGUUGUUAAGGCAAGUUGUUUUAGAGUUACUGGAUGAACUCCAGGCCAAACUGUUGUCAAAAAGAUAACUCUUGUUUAUAUUGAUAAUAUAGAAUAGAUAUUGGGCAGAUAAGUACAACAUGUUUUGGACACUUCUAGUAAGAAUUGCCUGGGUCUUGUUUUCAGACUGUCCGUCCUUUUUCUUUUGGAGUGGUUUUAGCUCUUGUGUGUCCUGAAAUGUCACUUGUAGAAGUUAAAGCUCCUUUUAUACCGAGCAACAGUUAAUAUACUGCUUUAGGCAGACAUUACCAAAACAAAAGUGCCUCCUAUCAACAUGCAGGAAACACCUCAAAAAGAGCUGGUAUUUCAAUGUCCAUGCCAUAUUGGCAUCUCCUGUGCCUGCCAGCACAGCUAGUAGUUCUAGCAGUAACUUUUUUUUGUUUGGAUAUAAGACUUUCCUGUAGGAAUUGCAUGGAGAUCACCAAUUUCACAUUAGGUCAUUCAGCAGCUGUCAUCGUCCCCUGAACAUGGGCAGUCUAGUUUAGAGAUGAGCUGGCUUUUUUUUCUUUUUCUUUUUUUUUUUUUUUUUAAUUACUCUAUAUUCCACUGUGACUUUUAACAGCUUUAUGUUUCUGGCUCCUAAGUUGAGUAUGUUGCUGUAUCCUGUAGAUACUUUGAUGUGCAAUGCAAAAACGAUGCUUGUCUUUCCCCAAAAAAAGCCACAACCAAAUAUCUAAAAUGAUCUGUGAGCUGAGUUUCUUGGGCUAUGCAUUUUCCAUGUACAUGAGCAUGAAAGCCAUUUUGGGUUAUAAACUUAUGUCUUACUGAAUAAAUUCCAUAACUGAACAAAACUCCUGCGGGACAGUUAUCCAAAUAUAUUUCCUCUAAGACAUGAACAGCUUUGUCCAUGCUGUAAUAAUGUCAAAUUACAAAAUAUUUUGUUCUGUAUUGUGAAAUGUUGGAAAAAAGCUGAGUCUUGUGGCUGGCUUCUCUAACCUGAUUGAAAAAUAAAAUUUCAUUUGUACUGUUUUUUAUACAGCUCUUUUUGCAGAUCACUUACUAGUUUUACCUAUGCUGUAAUUGCAUUGUCAUGCAAUAAAUACUAUAAAUUUAUAGUUGUACCUCUAAAGUUUUGCAAGUCUGAAUGCAGUACUAUCUUGACUGAUGACAAGUCGGGAUGCUGCCUUUCCCACUUCUGACUGUAACAUUGAAUUUCAACUUGUAUUAGGAUUGAGAUGAUUUAUCAACUAAAACUAGCUUAAAUGUAAGUGUUGUGGGUUUAAGAAAUUAUGGAAAUUAAUUAUUUGCUUAGAUGCUAUUUAGCAUUAGUGGAGGUUGAUCUUUCUUCGCUGAAUGUAAAUAACCUCUGAUUACAGUAUUGCAUAUUUUGAAGGGGUUUGGUUUACAUUAAAUUAUCCUAUUUAAACAUGUUUGCCUAUGUUUAUAGAAAAUUUUUGUAACAUUUGUUUUUGGAUAUGCUAAAUAAAAUUUUUUAAGAUGCCUUGUUUCAAAAUAUCAAUUCUACACAACUGCAGUGAGAAUUAACUUUGUGUAUUUAAGUGACUCUCUGUUAAUUUCCAUUGUUUUAUGCACUUGAUAAUUUGCAGUGAAUCAGUUGUUCUGAUAAAAUUUAAAUAUGAUUUUGUUUUCAGGUAGGCUUGAUAUUCUUUCAAAAUACAGGUUUAUUUUUAAUCAGA